GCGGGCGGAGGGCGGCGCCUCGAGUCCCGGCCGGCGGGCUGGGCCGUCCCCCUCCCCCUUAACGGGUCCCGUCCCCUCCCUGUCCGCCUCCUCGCGUCCCCGAGCUCGGGCUCCUCUCGGCCCCCCCCCCCCCCCCGAGCCAGGCCGGGCUCCUCGGCUCAGGCCGCCCGCGGGCCAAGUUCCUGGGCGGCUGCACCUCGCGCGGCUCCCCCGGCCGGCUCGUGCCAGUCUGCGGGCGCCCCCCGCGAGCCAUGGAGGCCGCCCACCUGCAGCCCGCCGCCGCCGUGCUGCGGCGCUUCUCGGUGCGGGAGAGCUGCGGGCUGAGCCCCGAGCAGGUCCGCUGCGGCCGCCAGAAGUACGGGCUCAACGAACUCCCGGCGGAGGAAGGGAAGUCCCUGUGGGAGCUGGUGCUGGAGCAGUUCGAUGACCUCCUGGUGCGCAUCCUCCUCCUGGCGGCCUUCGUAUCCUUUGUCCUGGCCUGGUUUGAGGAGGGCGAGGAGACCGUAACGGCCUUCGUGGAGCCGAUGGUGAUCGUGCUCAUUCUCAUCGCCAACGCUGUGGUGGGGGUCUGGCAGGAGAGAAACGCAGAAAGCGCCAUCGAGGCGCUGAAGGAGUACGAGCCGGAGAUGGGCAAGGUGAUCCGCAUGGACCGCAAGGGCGUGCAGAGGAUCCGGGCCCGCGACAUCGUCCCCGGAGACAUCGUGGAGGUGGCAGUCGGGGACAAGGUGCCGGCCGACAUCCGCCUCAUCGAGAUCAAGUCCACCACGCUGAGGGUCGACCAGUCCAUCCUGACAGGGGAAUCCAUGUCUGUGCUCAAGCACACGGACCCCGUCCCCGACCCCCGCGCUGUGAACCAGGACAAGAAGAACAUGCUGUUCUCGGGCACCAACAUCGCUUCGGGAAAGGCCGUGGGGGUGGUUGUGGCCACGGGCAUCUACACCGAGAUUGGCAAGAUCCGCAACCAGAUGGUGGCCACGGAGCCCGAGAAGACGCCGCUGCAGCAGAAGCUGGACGAGUUCAGCCAGCAGCUCUCCAAGGUCAUCUCCGUGAUCUGCGUGGCCGUCUGGGCCAUCAACAUCGGCCACUUCGGCGACCCCGUCCACGGCGGCUCCUGGCUCCGCGGGGCCGUCUACUACUUCAAGAUCGCCGUGGCCCUGGCCGUGGCCGCCAUCCCCGAGGGGCUCCCGGCCGUCAUCACCACCUGCCUGGCACUGGGCACUCGGCGCAUGGCCAAGAAGAACGCCAUCGUCCGCAGCCUGCCCUCCGUGGAGACCCUGGGCUGCACCUCCGUCAUCUGCUCCGACAAGACCGGGACCCUGACCACCAACCAGAUGUCCGUGUGCCGGAUGUUCAUCAUUGACCGGGCGGAGGGGGACGACUGCAGCCUCCACGAGUUCAGCAUCACCGGCUCUACCUACGCCCCUGAAGGCCAAGUGCUGAAGGACGGGGAGCCCGUGCGCAGCAGCCAGUACGACGGGCUCGUGGAGCUGGCCACCAUCUGCGCCCUGUGCAACGACUCCUCCCUGGACUACAGCGAGGCCAAGAAGGUCUACGAGAAGGUGGGAGAGGCCACGGAGACGGCCCUCACCUGCCUGGUGGAGAAGAUGAACGUCUUCGACACGGACGUGAGCCGCCUGUCCAAGGUGGAGCGCGCCGGAGCUUGCAACGCGGUCAUCAAGCAGCUGAUGAGGAAGGAGUGCACCCUGGAGUUCUCCCGGGACCGCAAGUCCAUGUCCGUGUACUGCACGCCCACCGGCCCCGCCCAGCCCACCUCCGGCAGCAAGCUCUUUGUGAAGGGAGCCCCAGAAAGCGUGAUCGAGCGCUGCAGCCACAUGCGCGUCGGCACCCGGACCGUGCCCCUGGGCCCCGCGGCCCGGGAGAGGAUCCUGGCGCGCAUCCGGGACUGGGGCACGGGCAUCGACACCCUGCGCUGCCUGGCGCUGGCCACCCGAGACGCCCCUCGCAAGAUGGAGGACAUGCGGCUGGACAACGCCAGCAGCUUUGUGGAGUACGAGACGGAGCUGACCUUCGUGGGCUGCGUGGGGAUGCUGGACCCCCCGCGCAGGGAGGUCGCCUCGGCGGUGGAGAUGUGCCGCAGGGCCGGCAUCCGCGUGAUCAUGAUCACGGGCGACAACAAGGGCACGGCCGUGGCCAUCUGCCGGCGCGUGGGCAUCUUCUCCGAGGCCGAGGACGUGGCCGGCCGGGCCUACACGGGCCGCGAGUUCGACGACAUGGACCCCGAGCGGCAGCGCGCCGCCUGCCUCAACGCCCGCUGCUUCGCCCGCGUGGAGCCCGCCCACAAGUCCAAGAUCGUGGAGUACCUCCAGUCCUUCCGCGAGAUCACGGCCAUGACCGGGGACGGCGUGAACGACGCCCCCGCCCUCAAGAAGGCCGAGAUCGGCAUCGCCAUGGGCUCGGGCACGGCGGUGGCCAAGUCGGCGGCCGAGAUGGUGCUGUCGGACGACAACUUCUCCACCAUCGUGGCGGCCGUGGAGGAGGGGCGCGCCAUCUACAACAACAUGAAGCAGUUCAUUCGCUACCUCAUCUCCUCCAACGUGGGGGAGGUCGUGUGCAUUUUCCUGACCGCCAUCCUGGGCCUUCCGGAGGCGCUGAUUCCCGUUCAGCUGCUCUGGGUGAACCUGGUGACCGACGGGCUGCCGGCCACGGCCCUCGGCUUCAACCCCCCCGACCUGGACAUCAUGGAGAAGUUGCCCCGAAAUCCCCAGGAGCCCCUCAUCAGCGGCUGGCUGUUCUUCCGCUACCUGGCCAUUGGAGUGUACGUGGGCCUGGCCACCGUGGGCGCAGCCACGUGGUGGUUUCUGUAUGACCCAGAGGGGCCUCGAAUCACCUUCCACCAGCUGAGGAACUUCAUGAGGUGCACGGAGGGCAAUCCGCUCUUCGAGGGCGUGGACUGCGGGGUCUUCGAGUCCCGUUACCCAACCACCAUGGCGCUCUCCGUGCUGGUGACCGUGGAGAUGUGCAACGCGCUCAACAGCGUGUCUGAGAACCAGUCCCUGCUGCGGAUGCCCCCCUGGCUGAACCCCUGGCUGCUGGGCGCCAUCGCCAUGUCCAUGGCCCUGCACUUCCUGGUCCUCUACGUCAAGCCGAUGCCCCUCAUCUUCCAGGUGACCCCCCUCAGCGGGCAGCAGUGGGCCAUCGUGCUGAAGAUCUCCCUGCCUGUCAUUUUGCUGGAUGAAGGCCUCAAGUAUCUCUCUCGGAACCAUCUGGAUGGAAUCCUCAGGACAGCCUCCCAGGCGUGGAGCAGCCGGCCCCCCGAGGACCUUCCCCAGAAGCCCGCCCAAACCCGAAUAAAAGGACCCGGAACGGCCGCCGGGCCCCCCCCUCCUGCCCCGCCCUGCCUCUCUGACUGAAGCCCCGCCCGCCGCCCGGCCCCGCCCCGCUGUGUCUGAAAGCCUCGUCUGGAUUCUUUGGAUUCCGCCCCUCCGCUUUGCCGCCCCCCCCCCACUGCCCCCCCCCCAGUCCCUCCCUGCUCGAGUUCUAGUCAUGCUCUGACUGUCUCCCCUCAUCUCUCUGCUCCCUCCUGUCUCCCCCUCGCUCUUCAUCUCUCUGUCUCUGUCUCUGUCUUUAUCCUCCCCUCCCUCCCCCUUCCCUCCCUCUGUCCUCCCCCCACCAUCUCCAUGGUCCUCCCAGAAACCCCAUCUUUAGCCUCUGCCAGGCUGGGGUCUCCCCGGGCGGGGGAGGGGAGGGAGCAGCCCCACUCCCUGUCUCCCCCCCACCCCCCCAAGUUUCUCGCCCCGGGUUCCCCGAAAGGAAGUGCCUGAUUCCAGGCCAAAGGGAAGGCCGGGGCUGUGAGCAGGGGAGCCCCCGACAGAGACCCCCUCCCCUCCCCUGGCACCCCCCAAGGCUCUUUGCUGGGUCUGAACGCAGCCUCAGUCCCGCGGCUCAUCCCCGGAGCAGGACGAGGGGGGGGGGCAGUUACAGACGGGCUCAGCCAGGCCGAAGGGCCAGGGCCGGAUGGGGGCUCGCCCUGGGCGGCGGCUUCAGGCAGCAGCGCCAACUCCCCCUUCCCGGGCCUGGGAAUGGGGCCCCGCCUGGGCAGCCCCUCGGCCCGUCUGGCAGAGAAAUGGGGGCAGAGGGGAGGGGCCGGGCCGGAGAUCGGAGCUCGCUGCUGCUGGUCUGGGCCACUCGGAAGCCUGUGGGUGCUCCUGGAGGUCCUGGGGGCGGGGACGGGAGAAUGGACAGAAGGACACGGGUGAUUCCUGGUCUUUGGUGCCCGAAAAGUUGGGGGGAAGCAGAAGGAUGGAGAGGACUCCUGCUUCCUGCCUCGGGCCGAGCUUGUCUCCCGGAGACCCCCACUGGCUCCGGUCCCUUGGAGCCCCCCCUCUGGUCCCCUGGAGACCCCACCCCCACCCCCACCGGCUCUGGCCCCCUGGGCGGGGAGCUUGGGAAGCCCGGCCUUUGUAGAGAAAAUGUUUGUCUAUAAGGAAGCUCCAAGCAGCUGCCCUUAGGGCACCUUUGGGGUGCUCGGGGUCCUGUCCGGCCUGGAGGGCGUCAGAGAGCUCAGGGGGCGGUUUGGGGGCGCUGCUUCCAGCCUGUCCGGCCCGGCUCACCAGCCCCUCCCCCCCAGAUCAGCCUGUCCCCGGCCCCUCCCCCAUCGGGAGCCUCCUGGCGGCAGCAGAGUUUGAGGGAGGGGAGCGGAUGGAGGGCGGGGGGAGGGGGGAGGAGCUGAGCCCCAGGUCUAGUGUUCCUGCCCCAGAAGGCUUCCCCUUCCCUUCCCGGGCUCAGUCGGGCUCCGGGCGCGGGUCCUGGAAGGACAGCGAUCAAGGCGGGAGCGGGGCUGCCAAAGCUGGUGCGGCGGGGCCAGGAGGGGGCGCCCCAGAGCGGCCGGCCCUCAGCUGACAGACGGGGAGACUGAGGGCCGGAGAAUGGGAAGUCCCGGGACCCCGGGCGGGCAGAGAAGCACCGGGAAUAUCCCAAGCCGAGCCCGGGAGGAGGGAGGAGGGCCGGCACACCCGGGGCCGAGGACUCCCCUCCCGGAAGCGGCCCCCACCGGCCUUCCCCUCGGACCGUGGGCGGGCGUCCCUAAGGCUCACCGGAAGGGCAUCGGGCCGCGGGCCCAGGAGGGGAAAGGCGCCGGGUGUUCGGGGAGCCCCAGGCCCGGGCACCUGCGCCCUCGGCAGCGUCCCCAACGCAGCUCCUCCAAGGGGGCCGGGGGAGGGGCCCUUUCCGAGCUCCCGCUCCGGCCCGGGGUUUGCAGCGAUGUGGCCACGGAGUGACUGGGAUGAAUGAAGAGGGCCUCCGGGGAGGGGGAGGGGGGCCCCGGGGGCAGCUGUGUGCGGGGGAGGGGCCCAUGGCAGGAGGCGCCGGGGACGCGAAGCUGGGCGGAGGGAUCUGGGAGCCCGGUGCCCAUGGGAGGGAGGAAGGGCUCCCUUCUCAGGCGCCCUGGGGGUCUCUUGUUUCUGCCCAACCGGGACCAAAGAGGGGACCCUAGUUGGAGGAAAAUUAGCGCAAGUGGAAGGUGGAGUUCUUCCCUCCUGGAGGUCCCCAAGGCUGGAGGGCAGGGCCAGGGAUGGCCAGGGCACUCCUGGAGUAGGCGGCUCCCCCCCUCGGCCCUUGGGUCGUUUAGUUGGUGUCCCUCUCCCCGUGCCCCCUCCUCGCCCGGGUCUUCUUGGCAGAGAUGCUGGGGAGGUUGGCUUUUUCCUUCUCCAGUUCAUUUGACAGAUAAGGAAACUGAGGGAGACAAAUUUGUUCAGGGUCCCACAGCCGGGAGAUAGGUGGGAUUUGAACCCAGACCCAGAGCCCUACCCACUGCAGCGCCUCCUAGCGACUCCACAAUUUGCCCCACCUCAAAGGCUCUUUCCAGCCCUGAAGGCCUACGAGCGAGUCUGGACCAGGGCAGGAGAAGCCAAACCCCGACAUCCACUGAAGGGUUUGUGGCUGAAUUCCCUUCUCAGAAUCCCAGACUCCAUCGAAAAGCUCCCAGGAAAUCCUCGUCCUCCCAUGGGUUCCGGCAGCCAAAGUGGGAUUCAUGGGGAGAGCAGCGGGGGUCGAAAGCCCUCUGGCCCGGGGGUGACGCGCUCUGGGACCUGCCUGUGGCCCUUGUUAUGCUCCAGGCCUGAGGGGCUGACCCGUGAGGGAGAGCAGGACCCCCAACUUCUGUCUGCGAACCGUACAAAAGAAAUCCCCCCCAGAGGAGGGGACCCCGAAGCCUCCCGGCGGCGGAGCCCCUCAGCCCCCGCACGUAAUGCUUCCCUUGGCCGGGAGACCAACUAGAAAUGAGGUUUCCUAUUUUCAAAUGUAAAAGCUGUUCGUCCUUCCUACCUGCGACCGAGGUCCUGCAUGUGCCGGAGCCGGCUGGGUGUAGUGCUGGGGGCUGGGGCUGGAGUCGGGUUGCACUCGUGAUUGACAUGUACUCAUGGGAUUAGAGAAAUAAAAGUUUCCUGCGAAAA